AGGGCUAGCGGCGGGGCCUGGAGAGGAUAAAGACGCAGCAGGGGUGGGCUAGCGGGGGAGUAGUUGUAACUCACGAGACCGCUGAGCCAGGAUUAAGCAUGGAGCCCGCGGACAGGAAAGGGUAUGGGUAAUCCGUAGGAGGGCGUGGCCAUAUUAUAAUUCUGGGCAGGGCUUGAGUGCAGCCUCGCUCUGACCGACCAAUCCACGGGCUCGUACCAGCUGCGGAUUCCUCCCGAGGCUGCUAAGAUUGCAUCGUCUCUAUAGGUCGCCGCAGGCCGUCUUCCGGCCGGGGGGCGGGCCCCGCGCAGUGGCGGGAAAGCCGCGGCCCAGGCGGGGCGUCUGAGACGCGGAGGGGUGGGAACGUACUCUUCAUCAUGGACGCAGCCGAGGUGGAGUUUUUGGCCGAGAAGGAGCUGGUGACCAUCAUCCCGAACUUCAGUCUGGACAAGAUCUACCUGAUCGGGGGGGACCUGGGGCCCUUCAACCCCGGCUUACCCGUGGAAGUGCCCCUGUGGCUGGCCAUUAACCUGAAACAGAGACAGAAGUGCCGUCUGCUACCUCCAGAGUGGAUGGAUGUGGAGAAAUUGGAAGAGUUGCGAGAUCAGGAGCGGAAGGAGGAGACAUUCACCCCAGUGCCCAGCCCACACUACAUGGAGAUCACCAAGCUCUUGCUGAAUCAUGCUUCUGACAACAUCCCCAAAGCAGACACCAUCCGGACACUCAUCAAAGAUCUCUGGGACACACGCAUGGCCAAGCUCCGGGUGUCUGCUGACAGCUUUGUUCGGCAGCAGGAGGCACAUGCUAAGCUGGAUAACUUAACCCUGAUGGAGAUCAACACGAGUGGGGCCUUCCUCACCCAGGCACUUAAUCACAUGUACAAACUCCGCACAAACCUCCAGCCCUCCGAGAGCACCCAAUCCCAGGACUUCUAGCCACAGGCCUGUGGUGUGCAGACCCUUGCUGUCUGCUGCUGUCAAGCUCUGGACUUAAUGGGCACUCAGCUCUGGAAGCAUGUGACGGUGGAGAGGGGGGUGUGAACACUGGUGGAAGCCGUGCGUUUGCUACUCACUUCUGUCAGAACUCAGCGAGUUCAGCUUCCACCGAGUGUCGAAGUACCGGCUCUCCUCUCGUGAGGAAUGACUUCUCUAAGGAGCACGGACUCCUCUGCAUGCCAUGCACAGCAACUGUUCAGGCCAGUGUAGUUCAGUGUCUUCAAGUUGGACCUGUGAAAGCUGUAUGUAGUUGAGAAUUGCGGGGAGGGGUGGUGGUGCUGAUAUAAAAAGAUUUUCCUCUUAA